AUGGCUGAAACGGAUAUCAUCUGGUGGAAAGAACUAAGAGACGAAACAGGGUUGAUACUUUUACAACCUACUCUGGAUUACAUUGAUAUAACAACAACAAGAGCAGAUGCUAUGACCAUUAGUGUUUUAAAGAUUAGUAAUUUGGAUUUAAAUCGUGAUACUGCCGAGUACAUGUGUCAAGACUCGGAAUAUAGUUUACCGGUAUCAUUAUCUGCCCAAUUAUUUGUAUAUCAACCACCUUACAUCAAAAUGGUUACAGAACCCAAGAAUCCACUUAUUGAAGUUGGAAAACCAGACAAUAUAGUCAUUUACUGUGCUACCAAUGGACGAACCGUGGAAUGGGAAAAGAAUGGUGUUAAAAUUAAUGGCAGUGGUCUGAUGGAUUUGGAUGCCGAUGGUGAUGUAGAUAUUAUUGUCAAUUAUAACAAUACCUUAAAGAUAAUUAACAAUUCAGUCUCAAAUGCUGGGACUUACAUUUGUUAUAUGGAACAUACAUUAAAUGGAAAUAGAUUACGAGAGGAACAAUCUGUGGAUAUCGGAGCUGCAGUAGUGGUGGAACUUGACCAGUCAGUGAGUAUGGAAGAAGGUGAGACUGCAUACAUAAAAUGUGAGGCCCAAGGGUAUCCAGUACCUACUGUGAUAUGGUAUAAAGAGAGUAACAAAAGUGUAACCCAUGAACUUGUAAAUGGUACUGGAGAUGGGCGUGUUUGGAUAUCGACAGAAGCGAAACCAGAAAUGGUUACAUCGACGCUUAUUAUUAUGACUUUUCUAACAAAUUAG